GGCGACACACGGAAACAGCGGAGCCCGGGGCCAUGGAAGAAAACCAGGCCUGGGAUUCGGGAACCUGGAGCUCCCCUGGGGGGUGGCUGCGCCCCCGGGGGGCCAGAGAAGGCCAGUCUCUCUCCUCGGUGUUGAACGAGCUCCCCAGUGCUGCCACCCUGCGCUACCGCGGCCCUGGGGUGCCGCCCUGGGGGGCGCCAGAGGAGGAGGACGAGGAGGACAGAAGGAGCGUCCAGACCUUGGCGGAAGCUGCCCACAAGGAGCUGCAGGAGCCACAGCCCUCCCGGGCACUGCCCUGGCCCAUGCAGGCCAGGCGGGCGCACAGGCAGACCCAGGCCUGGGACCAGAUGGCCUACAGUGCCAGAUCCAGCAGGACCCAGUGGGCCCAGCUGCUUCGGAGGUCCCAGAAGACGAUGGAAGGCUUGGGCACCCUGAAGCCCUGGGCAUGGACCCUGAAGAGGAUCGGGGGCCAGUUUGGCGCCGGCACCGAGUCCUACUUCUCUCUGCUACGGUUCCUGCUGCUUCUCAACGCGCUGGCCGCGGUGCUGGUGGCUUGCAUGGUGCUGCUGCCCACCUGGCUGGAAGGGGCUCCCCCGGGCCCCGACACGGCCUCACCCUGCGGACCCUAUAACCCCGGCACCCCGGGCCUGGUGUCCUUCCCCUCCCAGCUCUUCAACUUGCUCUCCGGACAGGGCUACCUGGAAUGGUCCCCUCUCUUCUAUGGGUUCUUCCCGGCCCGCCCCAGCCUGGCCGUCGCCUACCUGUGCUCAGCCUUCGCCGUGAGCCUCAUCAGCCUGGUGCUCAUCCUGCGCCGCUCCGUGUCCGGCCUGAAGCAGACGCUGCUGGCCGAAUCGGGGACUCUGACCAGCUACAGCCACCGCGUGUUCUCGGCCUGGGACUUCGGCCUCCGCGGGGACGUCCACGUGCGGCUGCGCCAGCGCAAGAUCCUGUUCGAGUUACAGGUGGAGCUGGAGGAGGCGGCGGUGCGGCGCCGGGCUGCGGUGCGCACGCUGGGCCAGCAGGCGCGCGUGUGGGCGGUGCGCGCUCUGCUCAACCUGCUGGUGCUGGCGCUCCUGGGGGCCGCCUUCUACGGCAUCUACUGGGCCACGGGGUACACGGUGGAGCUGCAGGAGGCGCCCCUCGUGCAGCGGGCGCCGCUGCUGAGCUUGGCCGUGAACUUCCUCCCGUCCGUGUUCAUCUCGGCCGUCAACUUCGUGCUGCCCCCCGUGUUCAAGGCUCUCGCGCCGCUCGAGGGCUACACGCGCAGCCGCCAGGUCGUUCUCCUCCUGCUCAGGGCCGUGUUCCUGCGCCUGGCGUCGCUGCUCGUCCUGCUCUUCUCCCUCUGGGCGCAGAUCACGUGCGGCGGCCGCGCCCAGGCCGAGGACUGCAAGGCCUGCGGCUACAACUCCAAGGAGCUGCCGUGCUGGGAGACCCGCGUGGGCCAGGAGAUGUACAAGCUCCUGCUCUUCGACCUGCUCACCGGCCUGGCGGUCACGCUGCUCAUCCAGUUUCCGCGCAAGCUGCUGUGCAGCGGCUGCCCCGGCGCGCUGGGGCGCGUGGCGGGGACGCAGGAGUUCGAGGUGCCGGACGAGGUGCUGGGGCUCAUCUACGCGCAGACGGUGGUCUGGGUGGGGACCUUCUUCUGCCCCUUACUGCCGCUGCUCAACACGGCCAAGUUCCUGCUGGUGUUCUACCAGAAGAAGGUCGCCGUCUUCUCCACCUGCUCCCCAGCCUCCCGCACCUUCCGGGCCUCCACCGCCAACUUCUUCUUCCCCCUGGUGCUGCUCCUGGGCCUGGCGGUGUCCGCGGUUCCCGUGCUGUACAGCAUCUUCCUCAUCCCGCCGUCCAAGCUGUGCGGCCCGUUCCGCGGGCUCCCGUCCAUCUGGGCCCAGAUCCCGGAGGCCAUCAGCGGCCUCCCUCAGAGCUCCCAGAACGUCCUCUUCUUCCUGGGGACCCAGGCGUUCGCUGUUCCCCUGCUGCUCAUCUCCAGCAUCCUGCUGGCCUACACCGUGGCCCUGGCCCACUCGUACGGACGCGUCAUCUCCGCGCUGCGACGCCAGAUGGAGACGGAGGCGCAGAACAAGACGUUCCUGGCCCAGCGCGCCGUGGCGCUGAGCGCGGCCCGCGCGGCGCGGACCCCCGGGCCGCCGUGAGCUCGGCCGGAAGACGGGAGCACGGGAGGAGACCCCGCCGCCAGGCCCCGGGCUCCGUACCGAGCCUUUUCCUCGGAUCAAUAAACGCCGAAGA